AUGGAAAUUAUUCCACUAACGGGAUCUGGAAACGCGUGCAUUCAACUGGGACUCAGCGUUGGGGGAGCAAGUGCGAGCUUCUAUCAGCGGCUCGGAUCCGGAACCGGCCGGCUCGUCGCUGCGGCUGUAGCAGCGUCGACUCGCGCCGCAGGCCCGCUUGUCGCGUCGCACAUAGCCCACCGCGUCGUCUGGCUACAGCCGGCGAGAGGCCUGCUACAGCCGUCCGCUGCGGCUGUCACGCCGACAGUCGCCGGCCCAGCGGGGCCAGGAUUGGGUGCGCUGCCCGUUGGAAUCGCACGGCUGCCGAUUGCCAUGCGACAGUCUGCGAUCGGCGGGCUUUUGUCGCUGAGUGCCGUGGCGUUAGGGGCGCUGGGGUGGGCGAGGGCGUGCUCGGCGGAAGAUGAGCGCAGCGGAGCGCGGGCGGGGGAGCAUGGGGACGGUUCACCGGAGGUUUCCGCGCUGCUAGGUCAAAGCGUGGGGGAGGACGAAGCGGAGGCGGUGGUUUCGCGAGUGGCGGAAGGGCGGAAGCGGCCUCGUGAGACAGAUGGCGGCAGUGUGCCGCAAGCGUGCGUGGCGACGGCGAGUGUGGGCGCGGAGAGGGGAAUGGUGGUGGAGCCAAAGACGAAGCACUCCUUCCCCGUCAUGCUGCGGCAGGAGGGGCAGGGCGGCGGGCUGCUGGCCGGGGUGGGCAUCAGAGACACGGUCAUUGCGAGGAUCAAAUCCAUCAAGAUAUACGCCUUCGGCCUCUACGUGAGUCCAUCCAGCCUGGGCGGUGACGAGCACCUGAAGGCCAAGUAUGGCGCCAUGCCCCUGGACGAGCUGCGAGUCAGCCAGGAGUUUUACGACGACCUGCUCAGUCGUGAUAUUGGAAUGACAGUGCGGCUGGUGCUGCAUUACAGAGGGCUCAACAUGAAGAUGGUGCGCAAUGCGCUCAACACAUCCCUCUCCAAUCGCCUCACUAAGCUACUGGGCCACGCAGACGACCCGGGCUUCCACACUCUCAACGAGUACCUCUCUCAGCCGCACCAAGUCAAGCGGGGCACCACCAUUGACUUCACCUGGCAGCCCGGAGGAACACUUCUCACUGAGAUUGACGGCAGGCGCAUGGACCCAAUAGUUAGCGCUCCUCUAUGCAGUGAGUCUCGUUCACCCCCUACACUGUGCAGAUUGACUCCUGCCGCUGCUUGCUGA